GCCAUCUCGCAACGGCAUCCCGUGAUGGCCGCCUUCAUCUUGUUGAAAAUGUUGAUGCUAUUUAAAGCAGGCGACCAAGACGUUACGUCAUGACGUCAACUUUUAUUCGUGUCGGGAUGAACUCGUCUCCGCGCACAUUGAAGCUUGCGUGUGUUCGCUUCCUCCUUUAGCCUGCUGGCUGCGAACAAAGAGGCGGAAGUUAGCAUCACAUGCUAAGAUGCUAAUCAGAGACAAGUCAAACGUGAACAACAAAACACCAGCUGGAACUUUCUGGAACAAAAGGGCGGCACGAGCUAGUGGACGCUGUUGUCAACACACGUCACACAGAACAGACGUCAGUGAAGAACGGAAGAGCGGAACUCCAGGAUGGAGCAGGAGGACCCACAGCCCUCCCAUAUCAAAGAGGAGGAAGAAGGUCACAGCGUCAGUCGGGAGGGCGAGCACCCAGUGAUCCGUGUGGUGGUGAAGAGUGAAGAUGAAGAAGAAGCUGACCACUGCGGAGGAUCACAGGCAGACGUAGCUCCACCAUCAGACGUAGCUCCACAGGCAGACGUAGCUCCACCAUCAGAAAGUGACGACACGACGUCUCACUCUGCUGACACGGAGGAAGAAGACUCCAAAGAUAACGAGACACGUCACGCUGACCACAAAAGCUUGAAAUGCUCUCAGUGUGACAAAACCUUCAGCACCAAGUCCAACCUGAACGUACACAUGAGGAUCCACACAGGAGAGAAACCUUACGUGUGCUGUGUUUGCGGCAAAAGGUUCUCCCAAAAGGCCCAGUUUGAAACGCACAUGCGAACGCACACCGGGGAGAAACCCUUCAGCUGCUCGGUUUGUGGAAAAAAAUUCACUCGAAAUGAACGUUUGAGGAUACACACAAGAAUACACACCGGGGAGAGACCCUUCUGCUGCUCGGCGUGCGGCAAAACCUUCUGCGACAAAGGUAGCUUGAUAAAACACACAAGGACGCACACCGGAGAGAAACCUUUCAUCUGCUCACUCUGCGGCACAAGUUUCAAGAACUAUUCCGCGCUGUCGAAGCACAAAAGAACGCACACCGGAGAAAAGUCCUUUAGCUGCACUGUGUGCAAUAAGAAGUUUGCUCAUAGCGAGAGUUUGACAACGCACGCAAGGAUACACACCAGGGAGAGACCAUUUCCCUGUUCAAUUUGUGGCAAAAGCUUCUCAGUCAAGUGCAAUUUGAUAAAACACACACGGACGCACACCGGGGAGAGACCGUUUUCCUGUUCAGUGUGUGGUAAAACUUUCUCUGUGAAAUGUAACUUGGUCACACACUCAAGAACACAUUAUUGUCGCACGCAGCUAAAGGACCCCAAGCCGCCCAUUUGUGCACCUUGAGGGAGCUGAGAGUCUCCUUUACGUAUUGUCCUUUAGUACGUUACUCCACGUCACCGCUGUGGGCUGCAGUCACACUUUUCACACCAAAAGCAGUGAAGUUGUCAGGUUGUGUAAAUGGUAAAUAAAAAGAAUACAACAAAUCAUUUUCAACUUAUAUUCAAUUGAAUAGACUGCAAAGACAAGAUAUUUCAUUUUAGAUUUUUUUUUUGCAAAUAAUCAUGAAGUUAGAAUGUAAUGGCAGCAACACAUUGCAAAAAAGGCAUUUUUCCCAGUGUGUUACAUGGCCUUUCCUUUUAACAACACUCAGUAAAGGUUUGGGAAGUGAUGAGACACAUUUUUGAAGUGGAAUUCUUUCCCAUUCUUGCUUGAUGUACAGCUUAAGUUGUUCAACAGUCUCCCUUCUCAUAUUUUAGCUGCCACACAUUUUCAAUGUCUGGACUACAGGCAGGCCAGUCUAGUACCCACACUCUUUUACUAUGAAGCCAUGCUGUUGUAACACCUGGCUUGGCAUUGUCUUGCUGAAAUAAGCAGGGGCGUCCAUGAUAACAACAUAUGUUGCUCCAAAAGCUGUAUGUACCUUUCAGCAUUAAUGGUGCCUUCACAGAUGUGUAAGUUACCCAUGUCUUGACCACUAAUACACCCCCAUACCAUCACACAUGCUGCCUUUUACACUUUCACCCUAGAACAUGUCUUGACCACUAAUACACCCCCAUACCAUCACACAUGCUGCCUUUUACACUUUCACCCUAGAACAGUCCGGAUGGUUCUUUUCCUCUUUGGUCCGGAGGACACGACGUCCACAAUUUCCAAAAAACAAUUUAAAAUGUGGACUCGUCAGACCACAGAACACUUUUCCACUUUGCAUCAGUCCAUCUUAGAUGAGCUCGGGCCCAGCGACGCAUUUCUGGGUGUUGUUGAUAAAUGGCUUUGCAUAGUAGAGUUUUAACUUGCACUUACAGAUGUAGCGACCGACUGUAUUUACUGACAGUGGGUUUCUGAAGUGUUCCUGAGCCCAUGUGGUGAUAUCCUUUACACACUGAUGUGGCUUUUUGUGUGUAAUAUCAUGGCUUACCUGCAGUGUUUUCUCCAGAUUCUCUGAACCUUUUGAUGAUAUUACGGAGCGUAGAUGGUGAAAUCCCUAAAAUCCUUGUUGAGAAAUGUUGUUCUUCAACAAUUUGCUCAGGCAUUUGUUGACAAAGUGGUGACCCUCGCCCCAUCCUUGUUUGUGAACGACUGAGCAUUUCAUGGAAGCUGCUUUUAUACCCAAUCAUGGCACCCACCUGUUCCCAAUUAGCCUGUUCACCUGUGGGAUGUUCCAAAUAAGUGUUUGAUGAGCAUUCCUCAACUUUCUCACUCUUUUUUGCCACUUGUGCCAGCUUUUUUUAAACAUGUUGCAGGCAUCAAAUUCCAAAUGAGCUAAUAUUUGCCAAAAAUACCAAAGUUUGUCAGUGUGAACAUGAAAUAUCUUGUCUUUGCAGUCUAUUCAAUUGAAUAUAAGUUGAAAAGGAUUUGUUGUAUUCUCUUUUUAUUUACCAUUUACACAACGUGACAACUUCACUGCUUUUGGGGUGUGUACAAAGUCUCCCAGUCUACUAAGUAGUUUCCACCCAGGAAGCCUUGAUUUGGAGAUGCUGAUGACUAAAUGCAGCAUGGCGGUAAACAUUGCUGAAGUCUUUUAUUUUUGGAGAGCAGGAAGUGUUUGCACGGUUAUUUGUUGCCACUGCGUGACGGUGACUUCAAUAGUACACCCUAUAAUUGUUGUAUUUGGCUUGAAGAAUAAAAGAUGCAUUAUAAGUAUUGGCACGUCUUCAUGUUCGCUGCAUUAAACAACUCCUCUGUGUGCUUAUUGACCUGCAAGACUGUCCUCCAUUAUUUAUAAUGAAUAUUUCAAGUCAACUAAUCAUCUAAAACAAGGUAACACUUUCCAUAUGUUGGACUCUGCAGGUGUUUAUUUGUCGUUUGAAGUUGUGGAUAGCAACAUGUGGUUCCUGUUCUCCCUAAAUGUGUUUAAGUCAAAGUAAUGUUAGAAAAAUAAGUUUCAUUUUGUAAAAACAUCUUUCACAAGGAUGAUCAAAUCUGAUACAACUCAUUUGUUUAUUUCAGCAUUUAUGUUAAUUUGUGGAUUUGUGAGCUCUUAUAUCUCAUUUGUUCUUCCUCGUGUUUGUUCCUUUGGUUCUGCAUUCAACAAAGCUUAAUCUUCCCUCCCUUCCUCGUGUUUUUGUUUUGGAAUCUACGCAGAUGGUUUGCUUUUCUUUUAUUUGAUCCUGCGGACAAACAACAUUGUUAGUUUAGUUUUUGUGUGGAAUGUUUAACAGAGGGAGUUGACGACACAGACACCAGGGGGCAGUAAAGCUCUAGGAUGUAUUAUAUAUAUAUAUUAUACCGCUCACCCUCAUCAGUCCCAGGUGUGCAGUUUGCUGAUCCCUCACAGCCUUGCCGGCAUUUAGGUGUGACGCGGCCGUGGGCGCGUCCCGAGGUGCGACUAGCAGAGCGCAAAGAUGAGGCCGUGACAGGAAUAUACUAAAGUGGAUUAAUUAACUCAUAUUUUGUUUUGCAUAUGGUGAUUGUUUAUAUUCAUCUUGGAGAAAUCAAACCACCAAGAUUAAUUAAGAAAGUGGUAUUUCAGUUUAAGCACACAAUAAGAUAAGGCCCCUUUAGUUUGACAUUCGCAGGUGGACUUCUCGUUGGAGAAGAGGCCCUAAUCGGGACUUAGGAAUGCAAAAGUGACAGCCCUAUCCUUGAGAAGAGACUACCUGUUCAGCCCGACGCCAACAUUUAAGUUAUGACUUAGAGCAGAUGUUUUUCAGUCACUUACACGCAAACUUCUCCUUUUAUGGUCAGGAUGUGCUCUCCUGACUUAGCACACACACACACAGACAGGAAGGAGGAAUAUAAAAACUGAUGGUUUGGCUUCUCCAUGUUAGGAGAGACACAUCCUCCUCCAGGUACUGCAGACCUGUAUAAUGAUGCUCGCUUGUAAUAAAGCAACUGUUUGUUCGGCAAAGCGUCUCCGACGUCUCUUUUGAUCCAGCCGCACUGCCGUGUCACUGUUAGAAUAUUUAUG